GACAAUAAAAUGCGUUUGCUAGCGUUAUCGUUUCUCUUAACAUUAUUAGAUAAAACUGAAGCAUAUAAAGGUACAAGCCUGGACCUUGCAUUAGAAACUGUAUUAGAAUUCAAUGAUGCGUUUGAUCCAGAUAUUUUAGACAAGAUAAAAGGUAUAGUAAGCGAUAUCCGAAACGCAUUCAUAGAAAAACCCCAAGAAAACGUUUCAGAUAAAAAAAAGAAACCGUACGAAUUCGUCGAUUUCCUCAAAGACGCAAUUAUAACAACUAAUUACUUUAAAGAUGACAAGUUACUUGAACUUUUCGAUAUCAUUCAUAGCGAAUUGAAUCAAUUGGAUUUAAAAAAUGUCGAUUAUCUUAGAGGAUAUUUAGAAAACAACGUCGCAAAUAUGAAACGUGAUUCAAGGAAAGCACGCAAGAAUUUAGAUAAUCUAUUGAAUAACUUAAGAAAUAAAAAUGGAAAUAGAAAAGACAAUUUCUAUCUUAAUUUCAUUAAUUCAUUAUACAAGAGAAAUUCGGAACAGAAGUUCGUCAAAAUUCUGAAUAGAUUGAAUGUGUUUCGUAGAUCAGACACGGGCGAUGAAUUGAGAAAGUUUAUUAAAAAGGCAUUUCAAGAUUUGGUUUCAGAGUUAAAUAUGACAGAUGAAAAACGAAGAAUACUACAAAGGUGGUAUGAAGAUCACAAACAGAAUUUAAAGAAUGAUAGAGCUCUGAGUGACGUCGAUUACGAUAACGAACCAUCAAAGCUAGCAACUUACAAACUUAAAUUGAAAAGCGUAACCUUUCAUAAAGCAAACGUAACUAAUACAAAAUAUGCAAAUGAAAAACCGAAUACAAAAAAAGAUAGAGUCAAACUAACUCACGUGACUUUAUAUCCGGAAAAUAUGGAUGUGAUAGAUAAAAGAAAAUUCAUAACAGAUAUGAAAUUUCAAAGUGAAUUCCAUGAAGAUGUACCAACAGAUAAAAUUGAAAGUGAGACACGAGAGCGAAGCUCAUCAACAAGUGAUGGAGACAGUUCGAAUAGUGAUGAUGAAAGUGACGCAAGAGUUCUCAGCAAUGAAAUUACUAAUAGCGUCGAUAUGAAUACUAAAUACAGGAGAACCACCCAUCGGACCAGAAAGUCUUCAAUUAGCUAUAAAACUAAGAAAAUCGGAAAACUUCAAAAUGAACACGAAAUUUCAAACAGGAAUUAUGACAAUUAUGGAAAAACAUCUUCAUCAUCAGCCAGUGCCUCUUUUGAACAAUUCGGUAACCUGCAUAAACAUAAGAAAAAAACAAGUAAAAAACGUAAUACUACAUACAAAACUAAAAAUAAUUCAACGUCGCCUUACAAAAUAAUUGAAACAGAUAAAAACAGACGCGCUUAUAAUCCAGAACCGUCUAAAAUUGAAACAAAAAAAACAUCUAUGAAAGAAACAAUUAAAAAUUUACAAUUUAAUAAAAUGCUAAGUAACGGUUUCAAAAAUAUAUCGAAAUCUCAUAAUUCGCGGAGAACUAAUUUUUUAACUAGCAACACAGACGUUAUAACUAAGUCUAUUAAUGAAAAUUUACUUAACAAUACUAAUAUCACAAAUUUAAAUGGUACCAAAGAGUAUUUAUUAAAUACACAAGUAACAAAAACUUCUAAAGCAUUUGAAAAUAAGAUAGAAGAAGCGGAAACAACAACGACACAACUUGCCACUGAAAUUGCCUCACAAACAACAUUUAAUAUAAAUAAUUAUAUUAAAAAUUCUGAAAUACAAAACAUAGAGAACGUUGAAAAGAAGAAUGUAAUAGAACAAAAGAUGAAAGAAGACUUGGACAACUUGUUUUCUACUACAACUGCUAGUACAACAACAGAAGCUUAUGCGGAUAUCUUUAAAGAUAUGGAGGACGAAUUUGAAUUAAGUUAAAUAUUAUAUAAAAUGCUACCAUAUAUAUAGUUUUAUUUUAAUAAAUUCAAAUGUAUAUUGUAAAAUGAGCCUUAUUCUUAAUGAAAAAUUUCUUUGCUCA